CACACCUCUCCUGCCCCUUCGUCCUUCGUCCUUCCUUCCUUCUCUGUGUGUGUGUGUGGAUCGAUCGCCAUGGGGGACGCUGCUGAUGCUGGCAUGGACGCCGUCCAGAGACGUCUCAUGUUCGACGACGAAUGCAUCUUGGUGGAUGAGAACGACAAUGUUGUGGGUCACGAGUCGAAAUACAACUGUCAUUUGAUGGAGAAAAUCGAGUCCUUGAAUCUGUUGCAUAGAGCCUUUAGUGUGUUCUUGUUCAACUCAAAGUAUGAGCUGCUGCUUCAGCAACGCUCUGCUACAAAGGUAACGUUCCCCCUUGUGUGGACAAACACCUGCUGCAGCCACCCAUUGUACCGGGAGUCCGAGCUUAUUGCUGAGAACGCCCUUGGGGCGAGGAAUGCUGCACAAAGGAAGCUCUUGGACGAACUGGGCAUUCCUGCUGAAGAUGUGCCCGUUGAUGAAUUCACUCCUCUGGGUCGAAUGCUGUAUAAGGCACCUUCUGAUGGGAAGUGGGGAGAGCACGAACUCGAUUACUUGCUGUUCAUCGUUCGAGAUGUGAAGGUCAAUCCCAACCCCGAUGAGGUUGCGGAUAUCAAAUAUGUGAACCGGGAGCAGUUGAAGGAGCUGUUGAGGAAAGCCGAUGCAGGCGAGGGGGGUCUGAAGCUGUCGCCUUGGUUCAGAUUAGUGGUGGACAACUUCUUGUUCAAGUGGUGGGAUCAUGUCGAGAAGGGGACACUGAAGGAAGCAGCUGACAUGAAGACCAUUCACAAGCUAACCUGAGAUUCGUGUUUGAGUAGCAGCAGUCCAAUAAGGACGUAGACUUGGACUUCAAAUUGAUGUUAUGGAGCUGCUCAAUCCCAAUAAUGUCGGACUUAAAUUUCAAAUUUCAAUGGUCAAAACUUGUUUUCAGCCAGGGUCAUGUCCAGUUAUUGUGAACAGCCAUUGCUAUUGUUGGCAGCAGAGUUAUUCUAUGAUCCCUGAGACCAAUUACAUGA